AUGUUUUUUCCGGAAUUGCAACAAAAUUUGAGUUGUGAUCAGUGGUUGUGCGCAAGAGCAAUAUUAGCACCAAAAAAUGAAGUAGUUAAUAGGAUUAACACCGACAAUUUAAAAGAGGUGCAAGGAGAAAUGAAGGAAUUUUUGUCAAUGGUUACGAUUAUGGAUACGGAACUAAGUACUUCAUAUGCUGUGGAGCUAAAUGUACCAGUUAUGCUUAUGCGAAAUCUAAAUGCUCCUCUGCUAUGUAAUGGAACAAGGCUUCGGAUAACGCAAUUGGGGCAGAAUAUACUUGGUGCUACUAUUUUAACAGGUGUCGGUAAAGGAAAAAGUGUUAUCAUACCUCGGAUUCCAAUUAAUCCCACUGACCUUCCAUUCCAAUUCAAAAGGGUUCAGUUUCCCGUUAAGCUUAGCUUUGCUGUUACAAUAAACAAAGCACAAGGGCAGACAUUACAGGGAAUUUGA